AUGGUUGGAGCUGGCGGUAUCGGAUGCGAACUACUGAAGAACAUCGUGCUGACGGGUUUCGGCGAAAUCCACGUCGUCGAUCUCGACACAAUCGAUUUGAGCAACCUCAACCGACAAUUCCUCUUUCGUCACGAGCACAUCAAGAAGUCCAAGGCAUUGGUGGCUAAGGAUGCGGCGCAGCCCUUCAACCCCAAGGUCAAGAUCGUCGCGCAUCAUGCGAACAUCAAGGAUGCCCAAUUCAACGUCAAGUGGUUCCGCGAAUUCAACAUUGUCUUCAAUGCGCUGGAUAACCUAGAGGCGAGACGGCACGUCAACAGAAUGUGCUUGGCCGCACACGUUCCCCUCAUCGAGAGCGGCACGACGGGAUUCAAUGGCAACGUCCAGGUCAUCAAGAAGGGUGUUACCGCAUGUUACGACUGCACGCCAAAGGAGACGCCCAAGUCUUUCCCGGUCUGCACCAUCCGAAGCACCCCCAGCCAGCCCAUCCACUGCAUCGUGUGGGGCAAGAGCUAUCUCCUCAAUGAAAUCUUUGGCACGAGCGAAGAUGAGUCCGCGUUCGACAACUCGGCCGACGCCGAUAACGCCAAGGAAAUUGAAGAGUUGAAGAAGGAGGCCGCGGCCCUGAGAACGAUUCGCGAAUCAUUGGGCACCGAUGCCUUUUCGCAGCUGCUCUUCGAUAAGGUCUUCAAUGCCGAUAUUGUGCGACUGGCGUCGAUGGAGGACAUGUGGAAGUCGAGACGGAAACCCGAGGCCUUGGACUACAAGACACUGUCAGAGCAGUCGGCCGUAGCCCUCGCCUCGAAGGAGACUAUUCUGCAGGGAGGACAGCAAGUAUGGACGUUGGAGGAGAACUUUGCAGUCUUCGUCGACAGUCUGGAUCGUCUGAGCAAACGGAUGCUGGAGCUGAAAAAGGCGCACAAAGAGGACGCGUCUGGCCCUGAGCCUCUCAUUACAUUUGACAAGGACGACGAGGACACGCUGGAUUUUGUGACCUCAAGCGCAAAUAUUCGUUCAUCCAUCUUCGGCAUCGAAAGAAAGUCGCGCUUCGAUAUCAAGCAGAUGGCUGGCAACAUCAUCCCUGCUAUUGCGACAACCAAUGCCAUUGUCGCCGGCCUGUGUGUCCUGCAAUCAUUCAAGGUGCUCAGAGGCGACUUCACUCAGACCAAAGAGGUGUUCAUCUCUCCUCAUAACCCUGCCCGUCUGCUCAACUCGAGCAAGUACCGCGCCCCUAACCCAGAUUGCCCGGUAUGCAGCGUAUAUCAGACGAGCGUCACUGUCGACAUGUCUCGAGCGACACUCAAAGACCUUGUCGAGGACUUUGUGCGCCUGGAGCUUGGCUACGGUGACAAGGAGUUCGCCCUAAACAAUGACGUCGGGCCGCUCUACGACCCAGAUGAGACGGAGAACCUCUCCAAGAAGCUCAGUGAGCUUGGAAUUAAGGAGGACUCUUUCCUUACAAUCAUUGACGAAGACGAUGACGAGCCCUUCGUCAACGUCGUCAUCAGCAUCCAGGAAUCGUAUGAGCCCCUGAGUGACAAGCCUGUACAGGGCUUGGUCGCUGACCAGAAGCCUGAGAUCCCUCGCAAGCCUAAGAAGGAGACACCCGCCGAAUCCAACGGCACGAGUGAGCAGAAUGGCAAGCCCGCUGUUGAGGCAUCGGAGGUGGCACCAAACCUCAAGCGGCCUCGACCGGAUGAUGGAGACGAGCCGAUCGAAGCGAAGAAGGCCAAGGUUGUCGCUACCACGAGCGGCAGCGACGACGUAGUCAUUGUGGACGAUUCUACUGGCGGAGCCAUUGUCAUUGACGACGACUGA